UAUUAAAGCAGGCUGCUCUGCAGCAUUUCUGAACUGGUGCAGUGCCGGUUCAUCUCCACUAAUGGUGUGCAGAACAAGGGGGACUUAGAGAACAACUUGAACCAACAAAUCAACAUUAACAUAAUUUAAAAACUAAACAAAAAAAUCCUACAUCAUGAGCUUUGAACCUUUCAUCUCUUCCACACUCUCCCGACGAUGGGAUGACUCCCCCAACACCUACCGGCUUUCCCGGGGACCCCUCUCUUCUUCCAGGUUGUUGGGGCACUCGCAGCCUUUUCACCGCUGGGAGAAGACUGACCUAAAUCAUGUCAGUGUAGUGAAUGCCGAGCUGCUGGAUCUUCGAGGCCAAGAAAGAGAGCAGCUGGUAGGUCUGAACAACCGCUUUGCAUCCUACAUUGAGAAGGUGCGACAUCUCGAGCACCAAAACCGGGCGCUGCUGCUGCAGCUCGAGGCCCUACGGCGCAGGCAAAGUAAACCGUCCCGCAUGCAGCAGCUUUAUGUCCAAGAGGUGCGGGGCCUCAGGGAGCAGCUGCACCAGGCCGUCCAGAAUAAAGCGUGCAUGGAAGCGCAGAGGGAGCAGGUACGGGAGAUGCAUGCACAGCUGCACCAGCGAUGGGAGGAAGAGGCGCAGCGGCGUAGUCAGGCAGAGGAAGACCUGCAGACGUUGAAGGAGGAAGCGGGGAGGAUAGUGCUGGACAGCUGUGAUGCAGAGGCCAGCGUGGUCUCCCUGGUGCAGGAGCUGAUGUUCCUGAAACAGGUGUUUGCAGAGGAGCAGGAGGGCUUGAGGGUCCAGCUACAGGUCGCCAGCCUCAGCGUGGAGCUGGACACAAGUAGACCAGACCUGUCAGCUGCUCUGAGAGAGAUCCGAGCACAGUACGAGAACAUGGCCGGACACAACAUGCAGGCGGCCGAGGCCUGGUACAAGGGCAAGGUGGCCAGCGUGGUGGAGCUGACAGAUAAGCAGGAGGAGGCUGUGCGCUUGGUGCGUGAGGAGACAGCAGAGUACAGACGGCUGCUGCAGUCUCGCUCAGCUGAGGUCGAAGCACUGAGGAACGUCAUCGAUUCGCUGAACUCACAACUGGGUGAACUAGAGGAGACGCAGGGCAGUGAAGUUACGAAGUACCAGGGGAAGAUCAGUGAUCUGGAGAGGGAUAUUUCUGAUGCCAAAGAGGAAAUGUCACGCUAUUUGAGGGAGUAUCAAGAUCUGCUUAACGUGAAGAUGGCAUUGGAUGUUGAGAUUGCUGCUUACAGGAAACUCCUGGAGGGAGAAGAACUUCGAUUUACAUAUUCCACCAUCCCAGCCCUUGCUUAAAACCCCAGAGAAACCCUGUGAUCUCUAACAUCACACACAAUCCUCCCAUUUCUGAUCAUUACAUCUACAAUCCUAAAGUACUAAUGUUUACUCAUCUCACAUAAAUCUAUUUUUCCAAAAUCAUCCUACUAACCCUAAACCACCACAGCACCAAACUCUAUGUGCCAAAUCCACAGCCCUAUACAUUUUCCCUCAACCCUCAUUCUUUAAAUCUCUAAAAGGUAACAUGAAAUCGCUUUAAAGACAAACGCGCCCUUGUGUCACACAAGAGGUCCACUGGAAGAGGUCCCCCUUCUUCUAUACACUCUAGAGUUCAAACAUGGAGACAUUACUGAAGGAAGCACUCACUCAACUAGAGCUCAGUGUCAUGUCUGCAGAUUCUCAUGGUUCAGUAGAUUGUGCUGCAAAUAAUUCCAUGCCAAAUUGUUUGUCUGAAUUCCGUCAGCCAUUAAGCGUAUAAUUAGCUGGAGAUCCCCUGUGUGCAGACUUUUAACCAAUUGUUUGUGGAGGUGGAUUGUUCAAUCUAAUCUUGCUUUGGGUGCUCGGCAGUAAAUUUCUUAACUGGGCUUAAGGCCAAGAAUCGGCCAACAUGAUACUGUCCAUCUGACCAUCUGUAGUUCUUCAACUUGUCAACGAAAAGUGCAACAGUCGUUCGUUUAUAGAAUGUUUUAUUGAUUUAAAUUUAACGAAGAUGUACUUUAUUUGCUCUGUGUCUGUUUCUGGUUCGUAUGUUCAAAUCGUAUGUUUAAUUGGAGAGUGAUUUAUUUUGGCAUAGUUUUACAAUUCUGUGUGAUAAAAGCAGGAAUGUAAUUUUGAAGUAGAAGAACAACUACAACUAGUGUUUAUAGUGAUUUGUGGUAAAAAUGUCAUGUUCUCAUUUAAAUAUGUUACGUUUUCUGUUUAAGUGUCCUAGAAUUUUGAGUCAUUCUGAAAGUAAACAAGAAACCGAGUCUGUCCAUCACGGCAGUCUCUGAAUUUAUUGGUGCUGUGUGCACCUAAAUACAUGCUAAAUAAAUAAAUAUAACUUUAACUCU